AUGGGACCAGAUCAGUCUCUGGUCUAUACACCAGGGGGCUCUAACUAUGCCCCACCCGGAGCUCAGCUUUCUUCCCCAGCUCCAGGUGCCCAACAAUAUCAAUCUGGUGCCCAACAAUAUCAAGCAGGGGUUGCCCCAGGUCAACUUGGGGCCCAGUAUGGCCCAGGUAGUACUUCAGCUGGGCCUGCUGGCAGUUUGCAGCCAAAGGCAGAUGUCACCCAGCAGUACAGCCCUGGGGGUCAACAGUACCAACCUGGAGUUGCCCCUGGCCAAAUUGGGGCCCAGUAUGGCCCAGGUAGUACUUCAGCUGGUCCUGCUGGUAGUUUGCAACCAAAGGCAGAUGUCACCCAGCAGUACAGCCCUGGGGGUCAACAGUACCAACCCGGAGUUGCCCCUGGCCAACUUGGGGCCCAAUAUGGCCCAGGUAGUACUUCAGCUGGUCCUCCUGGCAGUUUGCAACCAAAGGCAGAUGUCACCCAGCAGUACAGUCCUGGGGGUCAACAGUACCAACCUGGAGUUGCCCCUGGUCAGAUUGGGGUACAGUACAGCCAAGGCAAUGCCCCAGCUGGUACUGCAGGUAGCAUGCAGCCCCAGGCGUCUGUUACCCAGCAAUAUGGCUCUGGGGGCCAACAGUAUCAACCGGGGGUUACCCCAGGUCAGCUAGGUAACUCUUACAGUCAAGGUAGUGCCCAAGCUGGCCCAGAGGGUCAACUCAAAUCAGCUCCUGCUAAGUCUCCAAAGGGGGGGAAGAAAUCCCUAUUUGAUGAUGAUGACGAUGAAACCAAUGUUGGUGUGCAAAUAAGCUAUGUGAGUGGGUCACCCUUUGCCAAAAUAGGUGACAGUGAUGCACCUGGGGGUAGUAAAGUGGCACCUGGGGGUAAGAAGAAUGGACCGGGUGGGCAGAUUACAGAGACGACUGAGGUAAAGUUUCUAGGAGCAUAAAGCUGCAUACAUAUAUAGACGCUCCCCGCUUAAUGGUAUAAGGGUCAGCUUUACAAAUAGCCAAUCUAUUGGGCUAUAUGGCUAUCUAAUGCUAGCAUAUUAAUUACAAUAUCUUGAUUUUGAAUAAUUUGAAUUACAAUAGGACAAUCAUUACAAAUAACAGGAAUCAUUGGCUUUUUUAAUUAAUAUAUCUUUACUUUGAACUAUAUGUAAUUACAAUAAGACAAUACUGUAAUUACUAACACAAAUCAUUGACUUUCUUGAAAUUCUUCUUAAGUAAUCUCUGCACCUGUAUAUCAAGAUUAUUAAGAUUAUGAUGGG